CACCUGGCGGCCGGCGGACAGCACCACACCGCUGACCCCUACGACCUUUCCAACGACGAGGACGACCACGCCAACAAAGAUGGCCCCAAGUCCUACAGGUGCCGGAUGUGUGCGCUGACGUUCUUCAGCAAGUCGGACAUGCAGAUCCACGCCAAGUCGCACACGGAGGCCAAGCCCCACAAGUGCCCCCACUGCUCCAAGUCCUUCGCCAACUCCAGCUACCUGUCCCAGCACAUCCGCAUCCACAGCGGGGCCAAGCCCUACAGCUGCUCCUACUGCCAGAAGGCCUUCAGGCAGCUCAGCCACCUGCAGCAGCACACACGCAACCACACGGAGGUCAAGCCCCACAAGUGCCCCCACUGCUCCAAGUCUUUCUCCAACUCCGGCUACCUGUCCCAGCACAUCCGCAUCCACAGCGGGGCCAAGCCCUACAGCUGCUCCUACUGCCAGAAGGCCUUCAGGCAGCUCAGCCACCUGCAGCAGCACACACGAAUCCACACAGGUGACCGGCCGUAUAAGUGUGUCCAUCCUGGCUGUGAGAAGGCAUUUACCCAGCUCUCUAACCUACAGUCCCACCGCCGGCAGCACAACAAGGACAAGCCCUACAAGUGCCACAACUGUAACCGUGGUUACACGGACGCCGCCAGCCUGGAGGUGCACCUGUCCACGCACACUGUCAAACACGCCAAGCUGUACUCCUGCGGCCUCUGCAACCGCUCCUACACCUCCGAGACCUACCUGAUGAAGCACAUGAGGAAGCACAACCCCGACCCCCUGGCGGCCGGGGGAGGGGGGGUCGCCGGGGGCAACCAGCCCCACGCCCCGCCCUCCGGCGGCGGGGGGCGCGGCCGGGGGCGUGGCCGCGGCAGAGGGGGCGGGGGCAGGGGCGUGUCGCUGCAGAACCAGAACCAGAACCAGAGUCCCGGGGUGAGCUUCCCGCCCCAGCAGCCCGGGGGGGCGGUGCAGUGCCCCUUCGACCUCCACCAGUACAAGACGCUGUCGUCCGGCGAGCUCCAGUACAAGCCGGUGGGCGUGGCCGACCUGUCGGUGGGCCACAAGGACCUGUGCCUCACCGUGUCCACCUCCGCCAUCCAGGUGGAGCACAUGAACUCCUAGGAGCCCCCCCCAUCCCCCCGUUCCCACGGUAACGCCACGCCGACCAAGUGUCCCUCCUCCUCUUGGCGGGCCGGGUUCAGAGCCUCCGCAUGCCCGGUCCGCCCCGCCUCCAGUCUGAACCGGACCCGGCCGGACUCCAAGGGGACACCCUCCAGACGCCGGCCCCCACAAAAUGGCUACCCUAGUUGACAUUUCAAAGCGGAGCUGUUCCAUCGGUAAUCAGUGUAACGAAGGGUCAGAUAUCUACCUGUUGUGGACCGGUGUUUCCCCGGGUCUCGAAGGUCAGAUAUCUACCUGAGGUGCGUUCAAAGUCGCAAACAUAGGCGAACGCUCGCGAACGAUUUGAAACGUGUUCUGUUAAGCUUGCCGAUGUCUUCAAACGUUCGCGAACAUAGGCAAACUGUCAGAAGAGGUAGUUUUACGCAAGCAGACAUGGAUCACGGACUGCAAGAGAUGUGCUCCCAGAUGAAGAUUAACAUUAAUUCCUUUCCUACACAUAAAGCAAAAGAUAAGUUGUUUAAUGUAGCCUGUCUACACCCUUACUUCAACUGAUGUCUUGUGCAUCCUCCAAUGUGAUCUGAACGUGACUUUGCAGUAAGUGUGCACGAAUUCGGUGACGUAGCCCUCUAUUCUUGAAUCAUCCGAAUACCUUGUCUGGAGUAGCCUAUACCUUCUACGAGAUCGACAACUUCUAGACCUUCUUCUGUAAACUCGUCAAUUAUCAUGGAGGCUGCAGCUAAAACAAUGGCCUUUCUUGUCGCCAUUUGUUUGUUUACAGUUUGUUUAGUUUCAAACAAACGUUUAGAACGUUGUCUAAAAGUCGUUCAACUUGUAUUGUUUAAAGUCAACGCGCUCGCUGCGAACGUUCGGCUAUGUUCGCCGAUUCUGAACGCACCUCUGUUGUGGACGUGUGUUUCCCCGGGUCUCAAAGUCAUCCCAUAGUUGUCGAUUGGGUUCAAUCAGACCUCACAAAAUGGCGGACAUCGUUCCAUUUGCGGUUGGCCAACAGUUUCCCCCCCACCCCCCCCCCCCCAACCCCCAACCAGGACGGACAUAAAGGCUCACAUUCUGUAGGACCCCAAACUUGACCAAAUAUCCCCAUGGAGACGCAUGUAGCACCCCCUCACCCUCCACCCCCCCCUAAACACAGCGCAGGCUCUGACCGAGGUGUUGGCCCCUCCCCUCCAAACAGAUCCCGCCGGAUCGUCACGGGGACCGUCUGUUUCCGUGUCGGUCGGUCGGGGCGCGGGCAUUAGGACCAAGGGUUCUCCCUCCCCCCCCUCCUCCUCCUCCUCCUCCUCCUCCUCCUCCAGCAUCAGGAGGGUCCGGCUCCCGGUGGUGACGCUGGUGGCGGCGGGCGCCGUCGGGGGCGGGGCUCUUGGGGGCCACACCCCGGUGGACUGGAGACUGCCGGGUCACAUGGGAGAUGAUGGAGGGGGUCCGCCCCCCCUGGGGGCCGCGUGACGGACCUCCGGCCAAACAUUCCAGCUUCAACACCCCCCCCCACACACACACACACACACACCAGGGAGGAGGUUUCUCCCUGGUGCUUUACUGUUCCUGGGAGGAGUGUGGAGACCCCAGAGUACCGCUAGGACUUCCUCCACUCCUCCUCCUCCUCUUCCUCCUCCUCUUCUUCCUCCACCUCCUCCUCCUCGUGGCAAUGUGCCUCUUCAGAGAGAGGACGCCCUUUUUCUAGAGUUUUUAAAGCGAUGGCUCCCGGUAAUCUGAGAUGCUAACCCCGGGAACCCUCCGGGCUGGUCCGUCUGGAACCGGCCCGGGUUCUCCCGCUGCGGACGGGGUCCUGAUGGUCCGUAGUGUUUAUCAGAAUCCGUGAUAUCGUAGUAUGGGAUCGCGAUGGAUCAUCAGGACUCGAUGGGAUUGGUUGAAGGAUGGUUGCUACCUUUUUAAGCGGUUGUCGUUCGUCUUGCCGCUGUUUCUGAGCUCGGCCAAAGACAAGCCGCCGAGGACGUCCCGACCGGUCUUUUUUCUGACCUUUCGAUCAAGGGGAGCCCUGAUUGGAUAGCUGUGGACGGGGGGCGGGGGGGGGGGAAACAGAACAGACCAAUCACAAAGACUUGAAGAGGACCAGUGGAACAAGGAGGAUCAUGCGAAAGCUUGACGGUGUACUGUAACUUUAAACAGAAAAAAACUUUUCUCACUUUCCUAGAAAAAAGAAACAAAAAGGCGAGACAAAAACAAAGAAGAGGGCGUGUCCUCAAUCGUCCGGGCGACAUUGGACCAGCAUGAGUGCGUGGAUCUCCGCACUUCUUAAGAGCUCUUCGUAUCUCAGUCCUACAAAGCAGCACCCAGCCUGCACAAAGUAUUGAAAGACAGUCAUCCAUCGAUCGAUUCAUUAAUGAAUGUAUUGAUUGAUUGAUUGAUUGAUUGAUUGAUUUGGGGGGGUGGGGGGUUGUAAAGCAAAGCACUUGAUGAAGCCCGGUCUUCAUCCCCUUAGUUCUCAUCAUGGUCGUUCGGUCCAUUUGUAUUGUUUAUAUUCCACUGUAUGUUAUAUUAUACCACAUGUAUGUAUUUUUAUACCGAGCAGAGAGGCGUGUGUGGACCUGAGUGGGGCAGAAGCCAAAGUGAGUGAAUGAAUGUGACGGAGUGAAGAGUUUUAAUGAAUAUAAUUCAACUGAAGAGACUCGACUACAGUCGUCCAGGCAACCAUGUUGCCAGCGGAUGAGUGGAGAGUGGAACCCAAAUGGCUGAUAGGUACUGUUGACAAGGUUCUCUUGUUGUUUUGUUUGUUUACGCUGUUGUUGUUCUUGUUUUUUUUCUGUUGCUUCACCUUUUGAAACCAGACGUUAUUACUUUCCAUGUUAUUGAUGUGUGUGCAAGCAUCCAAACGCUGGCACGGAGGAGGCAUUAUCGCAUAACUGUAUCCUGUACAUUAGCUAGGACGCGUCUGGGGUAGAGCUCUACAGAACCCCCGCCCUCCAGCAGGUAUAGCGCUGACCUCUCUCCUCCUCUCCUCUCCUUCUCCUCUCCCCUCCCUUACUCUGUCCUCUCUCCUUUUCUACUCUUGUCUCCAUCUCUACUUUCUCCCUCAUGCGCCUCCUCUCCCUCACCUCCUGUACUCUCUCCCUCCUCUCUCCCUUUUCCUCUCCCACUCUGCUCGUCCUUUCCCUCUCUCCUCCUGUCCUCUUCCUCUCCCUCUCUCCUCCUGUUCUCUCUCCCUCUCUCCUCCUGUUCUCUCUCUCUCCCUCUCUCUCCUCUCUCCUCUCCCUCUCCUCCUGUCCUCACUCUCUCUCCCUCUCUCCUUGUGUCCUGUCUCUCCUCCUCUCCUCUCUCCUGCUGUCCUCUCUCCCUCCUCUCCUCUCUCCUCCUGUCCUCUCUCUCUCCCUCUCCUCCUGUCCUCUCUCUCUCCCUCUCCUCCUGUCCUCACUCUCUCCUCUCCUCCUCUCCUCCUCGUUCCUUUCCAGUCAGGCACAGGAGCCCAUUAUGGUUCUGGGUUUUGUCUACAAAGUGCUUCCAGGGUGAGGAGACCUCGUACGAACCUUCCAUCCACCACUGUGUUCACUAAGGAGCCUGCACCCGUGUGCGACUCUAGAGAGGAGAGGAGAGGAGUGGGGAGAUGUAUACGGGGAGUUGUACGUAGGGUUGAAUCCCAAAGUGACACAGAUGGGUCUACUGUAGAUACACACGCAUCUGCACUCCGCAUGAAAUAUUAUGGGAUGAGAACUCAAAUCCGUUGGAAUGUUGACACAAACCAAAGGCGUGGCACUCUGCCAGCCAGUGUGGAAAUACAAAAGACAUUUGUAAAUGUAUAAAAAAAGAACAGAAUCCACAAUAUAAUUUUCACCUGACGGAGACAAGAGACUUCUGGUUUGAGCACUCACAGAAGGUGUAUAUGGCAGGUCUUCUGGUCCGUACCUUAUUAUUAGUUUAUGAAAAUAACUAACCCAUAUGGCAAGCCAUUUUUACAUUUCAUCUGUAAAUUGAACUAGUCACUAUUUAAGUUGUUCAUAUUUUGGUUAUUGGUCCCCGUUCAAAAUAUUUUAGUUUUACUCCUAAAAUGCGUUACACACUAGAACAUUUACAUUAGAUAUAUACGAUUCCCAAGUUGCUUGUAAGAAUUUGCACAAUUUUGUCAUUGAAUCCUAAAGUGCUUUGUGGUUCAGAUAUAAACCAUUUGCCUCCGGCUUAUCUUUACAGCUGUAACUAGCAUAUAUUUCAUUUCUACCAGUCACUUAUUCAGUAGUAUUUCAAUAGUGACUUGUGCCUUUUCCAAUUGUUAACAUUCUGUUGAUAGUUAAAUUAUACAGUUACUUGUAAAACUAAGUGCUAACAUUUGAAUAGUGACUAGUUAGUUUUACGGAUUACAUGUUGAAAUGUCUUGACGGAUACCUUUUUCCCCAAUUACAAUUCAGAUUUUUUUUAUAUAUCACUGUGGGACAAAAAUAAGGUCUGUAAACUGCAGCCUUGGUCAACUGCAGCCAAUCAGAGGUCGCUCUCCUCCAGCAGGCCGUUAGAUUGGCUGUUCCUUGUAUACUGCCCCCUGUGCUUCAUUGUGUAUUUUUAUGGAGAAGUUCUCAAUAUUCUUGUUAACGUCGUUAUUACUUAUAAUAAUACUUAACUACCCUCUUAUAUACACUCUUGCAUACUGUACACACAGAUAAACUUCUUGCUCAUCUGAAUAGACUGUUUCCAAUAAAGAAAAGAAAGUUUGGGGAACAUUUUCAGACUAAAAAUAUA